UCUCAAAGAUAAUUGGAGGCAAAACUCGAUACGCUCAAUGUCAUGGACAGGAAUGAGGUCUCACCGGCGUCUGCUGCCACCGUGAAAAAGAAGGCGGUGGGCGGCAGCGGGUGCAGCCGCAUCAGCGCACCCAAGGCAGCCCCAUCCAAAUGCUCCAGAAGCCCCAGCGGACAGAAUUGCUUGAACCCCGGCGCAGCCAGCGGUAGCCAGCCCGGAUUGACCAGCGACGUCGUGAUGGAUGAGACGGAGGAAGGAGAAGAGGAGUCCAGGUUUCAGCAUCCGCGGCUGCGCCGAGCCGGGGGGAGCGGCAGCAGCGGAGGUGGUGGAGGAGGAGGAGGCGGCAGUAUCAGGAUGAAGAACUUUACGCCAGGAGGGGGAGCCGCGUCCUCGGCUUUCAGGAGAAACUCCAACAAGGAGCUCUGCCUUACGCACACAGAGGACGUUCCCUCCGCCUCACGGCCCACUGCUGCCUCCAGAGCGACCGAGACACCCUGUCCGGGCGAUGCUGCCCAACGCGGCGAGACCUGCGGAGCGUCUGGGGCGGAGGCGUCGGAAUCUGCGGUCGGGGUAGAGGUUUCCAACGCGACAGCGGGUGAUGGUCGCAGCGGAGUCGCUCCAGCAUCCAGCAUGAAAUGCAACAAAAACGGAGAAUGCAGAAGGGACUCAGGUACCGGGAGCCUGCGCUCAAUAAUCCCCAAGCAGGAGAAGCAGACAGCGGGAUCGGGGAGAGCCGAGGACGGAGGCGCUGCCAAGCGGGGAGCCUGUAACUCGACCACCGCCAGUAUGGACGGCUCGAUCACGCCAGGCGGGUCUCUAACCGGAGGGCAAGGAGGGGAGAGCGCCAACCCGGGCGCCACCCCCGUGUCCAGCGGUGUGCCCGAGAAAAAGGACUCCAAGGUGUCCUUCUCCAACGCGCCGAGCCGGAAAGCCUCCUCCUCGCUGCACGGCCCGACCCAGACUCAGACCCAGCAGCCGAGGAACUCUGUAACUUUCCAGAAACAGGAGGAUGGACCGCCGAUUGUGGCCGCCGAGGAUGCAGAACCUCGGGGCAGCCAAGCCAGCUUCAUGCAGCGGCAGUUCAGUAGCAUGCUGCAGCCUGGAGUUAACAAAUUCUCCCUGCGCAUGUAUGGCAGUCAGAAAGCAGUCGAGAAGGAGCAGGAGAGGGUAAAAUCAGCUGGAAACUGGAUUAUACACCCUUAUAGCGAUUUCAGGUUCUAUUGGGAUUUUACAAUGUUGCUGUUCAUGGUGGGCAACCUGAUCAUCAUCCCCGUGGGCAUCACUUUUUUCAAAGAUGAAACCACAACGCCCUGGAUCAUCUUCAACGUUGUCUCCGACACCUUCUUCCUCAUGGACCUGGUGCUCAACUUUCGCACUGGAAUCAUCAUCGAGGACAACUCAGACAUCAUUUUGGACCCUGAAACUAUAAAGAAGAAGUACCUAAAAACUUGGUUUAUUGUAGACUUUAUCUCCUCCAUCCCGGUGGAUUACAUAUUCCUCAUAGUGGAGAAAGGGAUCGACUCGGAGGUGUACAAGACGGCUCGGGCCCUGAGGAUUGUCCGCUUUACCAAGAUCCUAAGUCUUCUGAGGCUGCUGAGGCUCUCCAGAUUAAUACGCUACAUUCACCAGUGGGAAGAGAUCUUCCAUAUGACCUACGACCUGGCCAGCGCGGUGAUGCGGAUCAUCAACCUGAUCGGCAUGAUGCUGCUGUUGUGCCACUGGGACGGCUGCCUACAGUUCCUGGUCCCCAUGCUGCAGGACUUCCCUUCAGACUGCUGGGUUUCCCUUAACAAGAUGGAGAAUGACACUUGGUCAGAACUCUACUCCUUUGCAGUUUUCAAGGCAAUGAGCCACAUGCUGUGCAUCGGUUACGGCCGGCAGGCCCCGGAGAGCCUGUCAGAUAUCUGGCUGACGAUGCUGAGUAUGAUUGUGGGAGCGACCUGCUAUGCUGUCUUUAUUGGCCAUGCAACAGCUUUGAUCCAGUCCCUGGACUCAUCCAGACGACAGUAUCAAGAAAAGUACAAACAAGUGGAGCAGUAUAUGUCCUUCCACAAGCUGCCUGCCGACUUCCGACAGAAAAUCCAUGACUAUUAUGAGCACAGGUACCAGGGCAAGAUGUUUGACGAGGAAAGCAUCCUGGGGGAACUCAGUGAACCUCUCAGAGAGGAAAUAGUGAACUUCAACUGCCGAAAACUGGUGGCAUCCAUGCCGCUGUUUGCCAACGCAGAACCAAACUUUGUUACAGCAAUGCUGACUAAGCUACGUUUUGAGGUGUUCCAACCUCAAGACUAUAUUAUAAGAGAGGGCACCAUUGGCAAAAAAAUGUACUUCAUCCAGCACGGCGUAUGCAGUGUCAUCACCAAAGGCACACUUGCUAUGAAACUGUCUGAUGGCUCUUAUUUUGGAGAGAUUUGCUUAUUGACGAGGGGUCGACGAACAGCCAGCGUGCGAGCAGAGACGUACUGUCGGCUCUACUCUUUGUCUGUUGACAACUUCAACGAGGUUUUAGAAGAGUAUCCAAUGAUGAGAAGAGCCUUCGAAACCGUCGCCAUUGAUCGCCUAGAUCGUAUAGGUAAAAAGAACUCUAUCCUGAUGCACAAGGUUCAGCAUGAUCUCAACUCCGGAGUUUUCAACAACAGGGAGAACGAAAUGAUCCAGGAGAUCGUCAAAUAUGACCGUGAGAUGGUGAAACUAGUGGAUCUGCAGCGGCCGAGGGCCAUGUCUAUGACUCCCUCUAUAGGUGGGAUCUUUGCCCCUCCGGGUCAGCCUCAGUCUGGCUCUGCAAUUGCCACCCUCCAGCAAGCUGUGGCCAUGAGCUUUUGCCCUCAAAUGGCCAGCCCUUUGGUGGGUCCGGGGACUUUGCAGUCCCCGCGCAUGGUGCGACGUUUUCAGGUGAUGCAGAACUUGUCCAGUCCGAUCUCAAUGUCUCCCCUUCAGUCUCAACCUCCCCAAACACUUGGAGGGGCAUUUGGAUCUGCUAUUUCUAGCCCCCCGGUCCAAAGCCCGCUCACAGCUACAGGACGGACUUUUCAGUACAUGGCGAGUGUGGGACCGUCGGGGUCCCAGUUGUCCCUUGUCCAGCACCAUGCACCCAGCCCCACACAGACCACCCAGCAGAGGCCCGCCUCACACAAAAGCACCCACUCUCUCCAUAUGGGUAGUUUGAGCCAGGACACCCGGGCCUUGUCUGCAUCUCAGCCUUCACUCCCCCAGGAAGGAACACCACAGGCUUCCUCUGCAGCCCCCAGCCCCCCACCCUCCACCCGCACUUCCAACUCCUCCAUUGGCCCCCAACAACCUCCCCAUCACAACUUACCGGGACCCUCGGGUGUGGGGAGACCAGCUGGAGCCCAGCAGAGGGUGGCCUUUGCCUCCACUCCUCCUCCAGGUGGACCUACUGGAAUGGGGGCAGUAGCAGCAGCUGCUGGACCGGGACCUCCAGACUCUGGAGUUCCCAAGAAAGAUUCGAUUGUCAGCCUUCCGGAGCUAGACUCUGCCAGAUCCCGGCUGUCUUCCAACUUGUGACCCUAGUGGAGCUCAGUAGAGAGGCCUUUUUUUUGUAGGAGAAUCAGUGCGGUAAAGGUCAGUCCAGCUGAUCAUUCAGCUCGCUAAAUGACCAAUCAGCUACUGCCAGCGCCACCAGUCUUUCAACUUUGGUGCACUGUGUGCUGGUGUCAGCAGGAAGAAAGGAGCUGCUCGAAGUAUUGAAGUACUUUGACUACAGGGAGUCAAUACGAUUAUAUUAGUAUAUAAAAUUAAGGUUGAACUGGUCUGGUCUACUGUGCCAGCACCUUUAGUCUUAGUAUCACCCCUUUCACUCUGCUUCCAAACACCUACUGCAUAUCGCUGACUUUACUGUAAAGAUAUGAUGAAAAGUAUGAUUAAUGUACCAAUUACAUACUGUGUAGAAUCCAUGCAAUGCAAUCUAGCAGGAGCUGGACUUAAAAAUGAAAAUCAGGGACUUGAGGUCAAACGACAAUGACAUUUUAAGCGUUCAAAAGUGUUUUAAAUGUAAUUUUUUUUUUCUCCGUAUAAGCUGUCGUAGCAAAAGAACACACAUCUUCAUACCGUUCAAACUAGUAGUGGAGUUAGUGUUUUAGACCGCUGGUCGAUCUUACAUCAAUGUGUAAAUAGUCGAUUGAAAAAGUAAGGAAGGACGUUAUAUUCAUUGUAUCUACCCAAAACCAAAGUUGAGCUUGAACACCAAGUCUGGUUGUGUCUGUAUCAACUAAAAAAGAAACAUAGAAGAAAAUGCCAUUUAUUUAACUGCCUUGAUUCAACGUUAGAAGCCAUAUAUUUGGUUUGCGUGUAUGCAUAUAUGUGAGUGUUGCUGUGUGUGUGCGUGCGUGUGAGUACGCGUGUGUCAGAGAGUUUUUGUUUAUACGUUUUGGUUCCAUUUUCAGAGAAGGGACUCAUGCACUCUACGACGCAUCGUCAAGUAUGACUGGUUGGAAAUGCUGACGGUGGCACUGCCCUGUUUUCAUGAAUCAUCUGGAAAGAGGUCAGCUGUUUGCUCAACAUACUGAUUGUAACCCUAAAGGCAAAGAUGGUUUAAUAAUCUGAGCUUUACUGAAAGGAAACAUUUGUGAACAACCCAUACUGUAUACUUGCUUGUUUCUGUCUAGGUUCAUCGAUUAACACAUGCAAUAUAAUUCUGCAAUACUGUACCCCGCCUAUAUAUAUAAAUAUAUAUAUAUAAAUAUGAAUAUCUAUACUUAUGCUGUACAGGAAAGUGGACUUGUUUCUUUAUGUUUUUUUUUUUUGUUUUUUAUUAUGUGAAAUUUUAAAGAAUCCAGCAGCUAUUGUGGCUUCACUUGAGGUAUUGUAAUCCAGUGACCAUGUUGUUACCUUAACCAAAAAUGUGUGAGGGAAUGAAAGGGUAUGUUGCUGUGUUAUUUUUGUGUUAAAAGAAGAAAACAAAACACUAGACUAACUGCUUACAACUGGUUUAAAGACACAGGAUGAAUCCACGUUUGAGCUCAGCAAGUCAGAUCCUCAAAAAUGUCACCCGAAAGGCAUUUUCAAGUGUUUAAAUUCAUAGGGUGGCCAAUAUGGGGUACAGACGCCUCAAUUGGAAAAAAAUCACCUAGAACUUCGGUGAAUGUCUCCACUUUUAGGUGCACAGAAAUCCAUUCGAAGUGCGAGAGUGGGUCAAGGCUUUGAUUAUUUUUAUUCGAAACAUUCUGAUCCUGUUGAAUCUAAAAACUCCUUCUCCUGCUGAAUGUAUGCCAUACGAGGAGGACGACAGCUAAUCAGUUUUAAACUGCCAUGUAAAUAAAGGGACAGAAGAUUUUAUGAUGCAAGGGGGGACUGAGCAUUGCUGUAUGAGUUGCUGAGUGUCUGUGUGAUCUUUUUUUAUAAUCUGUUGAUGCUUAUUUGGGUUGAAGGUUGCUGUAUUUACCAUUUAUACUACAACCCAAUAACCCCAGAUCUGAAUAUUAACGAAAGUCAAAAAAAAUGUACGGAAAAGGGCAUGAAUGAGAGUGUGCUGGAACUACUUUGAACCUCUCUGUCCAAAGUGAGAAGUGAGGACGUCCACUUAAGCACCUUGUGUUGCACUACAACCUUGUAAUCAAAAAGAAAAAAAGGAAGAAAAAAAAAAUUCAAUGUUCUGUUCUCUCAAAACUGUCGUCACACUUCUCCUGGACCCAAUAUAUGGUUAAACUGUAAAGACGAGUAAAAGGGAAGUCAACUGGGGCAGCUGGUUCAUUGUGUUAAACAAACAUGGUGGCCAACUUUUUCAGCUCUGAACAUUGAUUUGGAGCCAAACUGUAAAAUCACUGGACAUUUCACUCAGGUUUGCUACCUUCUCACAGCUAUGUAUUGAUUGCCACAAUGUGGCUUUCCAUUGAUUUAUGUAGACAUGUUUAUUCCCAUAUUUUGAGCUCGUUUACUUAAUCGUCUUGAGUAAUUCUAAUUGGCACAGAAAAAACCCCCAUGAAGUAAUAAUCCUAAGAUUGUUGGUCUCUCGUUGUGAGAUCUUAAAAACUGGUGACAGUCUUUAUCCAAGGGCUUCACUGUAUGGCUUGUGAACCUUUGGUCAUUUUUGUGCAGUUGGAACUAAAAUUCGAAGGUGAUUCAAAUGUUUAUUUAUUUUAGUGAUUCAAAUUAAAAACUGAAAUUCUUAUGCAGUUUAAUAUUUUAAGCACGUAUGUAUUUCUGUUUGUUUUGAUGAUUAUGGCUGUCCAUGUACUGCACUUUAUAAGCACUCAAUAUUUGACUGGGCUCCUUUUGCAUGAAUUACUGCAUCAAUGCAACACAAGAAGGAAGUAUUCGGCACGAGGUUCUGCUGAGAUGUCAAGGAAGCCCAAGAUUAGUUUAACUGUGGCCUUCAGCUUGUCUUCAUUGUUGAGUCUUGUGUCUUUCAUCUGCCCCUUGAAAACACUGACAGGUCACAUUAGCUUUUUGGUCUGUAUAACUCAUUGACAACAUGGACAUUGUUAGUGUGGGUUUUCAUGUUAGAAAAUUAAAUCAGUAUUAAUUUUGUAAAGCUUGUCACGUGAAGUUUCCUGGUAUGUGAUUUUAGUCACAGUGGAAAUUGUUCCCCAAAUCACCACUUACUGUGGAAACCUCCGCCUGGACGGCAAUUAGUUUGGAUUAUGUGCCUCUCCACUUUUCUUCCAUACCCUAGGAUCUUUAUUUUUAUUUCCUUCCAUCUUGAAAAAAAGUACUUUGGGCCACUUGGCAAAUUGUCCAGUCCUUUUUCUCCUUAGUCAUAAUAAGACCUCUUUGACCUCGCUGGUUCAGGACUGGCUUUAAACAAAUAAUGCAACGUCUGUCCUAGAUAGAUCUCUGUGUGGUGGCUCUUAAAGCACUGAAAUGGAUGCAUAAAUGUCUCCUUUGGGGAUAAAUAAAGUAUCUAUCGUCAUCAUUAUGAUCAUCACUGAGUCCAGCCCCAGUCCACUACUUGUUGAAACUCCCCAGAAUCUUGAAUUUAGUUUUUUUUCUGAAUAAUUUAAUUCUCAUCUUUGUUGCUGUGCACCUUUCUUUACAACAGUUUUUUCUUCCAUUCAGAUUCUCAUUAAUAUGAGUUAAUAUGCGUGGAUAUUAUGCUAUUAACAGCCAGCUUCUUUAGCAGUGGCUUUUUGUGGUUUGUUCUCCUUGUGGAGGGUUUUAGUGCUUUCUGACUUAUGGGUCUCAUGUCAAAUUAUUUUCUGAGAAAGUAGGUUUUUAUUAGUUGUAUGCCAUAAUCAACAAAAUUAAUGGAAACAA